AUGGCAACAGCGGGCUGGGAGGAGCGCUAUGCGCAAGGAGUGGCCGAGUUGAUGGGUUGUGACCUGGUGGAACUGGUGGAACUGGUGGAACUGGUGGAGCUUGGAAGUUCACCAGCGCGACAUGUCAGCUUGGAUGAGCAGGUCCUUCAGAAGCCACGCAUCUGUUGGACCUUCGAAACUCUCCAAGCACACCUGGCCCAAGAGCGCCGACGCAAGGUGCAUGCCGAUGAGUGGAUGAGAUGCCGAUGUUGGGAGUCCGAGCUCGUCCUCUCGCGACGCGUGGAGUCUUUGCAGGCCGUCUCCCAGGCGCAGGCCUCCCUUGGCCGCUUCUUGGAUCGGCGCACCAGCAGCGUCCAGGAUGCCUCCUGUGCCGCCUCUGAUGCGCAGGGACGCUUGAACCGCUUGCAGGAACAGAGUCGAACGGUGCGGGUGAACGCCUUGAAACGUGCACAAGCGCAGGUGGCCGAUGCAGAACAGCGAGCUCUGCAGGAGGCUCGAGCAAGACACUUGCUGCUGGAUCGACAAGAGGCUGAAUUGGAGAAGGUGAUUAAACUCACUGGCUCUUUGCAAUCAAUGUCCAAGGCGACCUCCGAAAAUCUGGCGAAGAUCAGUCGGACUUUGGAGGCAGCAGAGACACAAGCCUCCGAAGUGUUGGAGGAGAAAAGCUACAUCGAGGAGCGCAGGGUGCAGCUGGAAGCGCGCGAAGCAGCGCUGCCGGUGAUGGAGAGAGCCUGGAAGGAGGUCUCGGCCAAAGCACGUCGAGAGUCGACGAAAAGGCGCCAGUUGUUGGCGAUGGCGACGGAACAUCUCAGCAAGCAGCUCCUGAAGGACCAGCGUUUCAUGCAGCGCCUGCAGCAAUCCAUCCGCCUGGUCCGCAGCCGCGACGGCCGCGACGGUGCGCCGCCGGCGCCGCCGCCCACGCAGCGGAAGUCCGCGCGCCGCGAGGCGCCGAGUCCCGCGAGCGAGUCGCCGGUGGAUGAGGUGCCUGGGGCGCCGCCGCCCACGCAGCGGAAGUCCGCGCGCCGCAAGGCGCCGAGUCCCACGAGCCCCGAGUCCCGCCCCGAGUCCUGGGCCUCUGGCGAGUCGACGGUGGAGGUGCCUGGGGAGGCUGCUGAAGCAUCACCCGAGGAAAUCAGCGUUGAAAGCCCGCAAAAAGAAGUGUUCGUUCGACAGGCUUCAGAGCUUUCACAAGAGGACGGCCCAGUCUUGAAGAAUGUGCAAGUGCCAGAUCCAAAAAAGGUGGUCAGGUCGAUCACUGCUCCACCCAGAAGGCUCAACCGCUGGCCCCAAGCUGCCGCCAUGGGCGCUGGCGCCUCUCAAAGUCGGGUGCUGGUUCAAACGAUUCCCAGUGCACGAAUUGCAGAGUCGAGCCCUUUGCAUCGACAGGAGGCCGCCCGUCAGAUCUCCCAGCCCUUCACGCCGGAGCCGAUGAGGUACAUCUCCGUCUCCCGGGAGGCUGAGCGUUCCCCCGUGCGCGGCAGCCCCGUGGCCCCCGUGGCGGUCGCGGGUACCGCGACGUCGCCGCUGCGCAGCGUGGUGACGACGGAGGCGCCCUCCACGCCGCAGAUGCCCAGGAGGCCGCAGUUUCCCUAUUCUCCACAAGCGUUUUCACCUGCCAGCCUUCAGACUAUGCCGGGUCCCAUGGUGACGACCAUGUCACCUGCGCGAUUGCCUCCCCAAGCUUUCUCACAUCUGAACCAUUACACUGUGCCUCGUUUCCCCGCACAAACAACAGUGGUGAGCCCUGCUCAUCGUACAGUCGUGUGGACUGUGCAGCGGUAA